AUGUUGCAAGUACCAGGGUCAGUAGACGCAGCGGCGCCCGCGGCCACGUCGACAGACUCGACGUCGCAAGAGCGCAGCGCACCCGGUGGUGGUGCGGCCAGCCCUACCUUGUCGGCGUACUCAGACCAUAGCGGGCCUGCCUCCCCCCAGCAUACGACCAGAGCGCUGCGAGAGAACGACCCGCAGCAGCAGCAGCAGCAGCAGCAAUCACACCAACGCGAGACGAGCGCAUCCACCCAGCCAGACUCGCAACCACAGCCGCAAGCGUCGACUUCAGCGGCGGGCGCCGCUUCUUCGACAGAGAAGGAGUCGUCUUCCCACCCCAAGGGCGAGGCAGAGCGUGCGCCCAUCGCCGUCAAGGCGGACAAGGAAGCAGAAAAGCGCUCCCACUGGUCGCGAUUCAAGGCCAUCUUCACGGGCAACACACGCUCAGCUCGCGCAGCCGCGGCAGCAAAGGCCGUAGAGGAGGAGAAGGAGCGACAGAAGAAUGUUGAUCCGAGACCUUUCCACUUCAAGCCAUACACGCUCGGCGAGCUCGUGGACCCCAAGUCCGUCGCCAAGCUGAGGGGUAUGGGCGGGAUUGAUGCGCUCAUUGAUGGGCUGGGGACAGAUGCAGAGCGUGGCUUGGAUCUGCCCAUCAGGACAGCAGAAGCUGCUCCCGGGGAUGAGGCUCCCAAGAGGCUGACUGACGUUGAGGAUCAGCAGGGGUCAAAGGUGGCCAAGAAGCCUUCGUCUGUUGAGGCGACCAUCGAGGACCGAGAGCGCGUCUUUGGGCGCAACGUCCUGCCGCAGAAGAAGCCCAAAUCCCUUCUCCUGCUCAUGUGGAUCGCCCUGCAGGACAAGGUCCUCAUCAUUUUGAUCAUCGCAGCCAUCGUCUCCCUCAUUCUAGGCUUCUACACCGACUUUGUCGCACCGCCAGAGCUCCUGCCGUGCAACUCAUCGCCAGACGGUCUCUGCGAGGCGCCCGAUGUUGACUGGGUGGAAGGUCUUGCCAUCCUCAUCGCCGUCACCGUCGUCGUUACCGUUGGGUCUGUCAAUGACUAUGGAAAGGAGCGUCAGCUGCAAAGGCUGAAUGCGCAAAAGGAGGAGCGCGAUGUCAAGGUCAUCCGCCAAGGCAAGCCCGGUCUCAUGUCCGUCCACGACGUUCAAGUCGGCGACAUCCUCCAGCUCGAGCCCGGAGAGGUUAUCCCAGCAGACGGAGUAUUCCUGCGCGGCCACAACGUCAAGUGCGACGAGUCUGGCGCUACGGGCGAAUCCGAUCUAAUCAAGAAGGCCUCGUACGCCGACUGCCUCGCCGAGCUUGAAGCCGCCGAGGCCAACGGAACGCAGCCAUCGAAGCGCGACCCUUUCCUCAUCUCUGGCUCCCGAGUACAGGAGGGUGUGGGAGAGUACGUCGUUACCUCAGUCGGUACAAUGUCCUUCAACGGUAAGCUCAUGAUGUCCUUGCACUCUGAGGCAGAGGACACGCCGCUACAGUCGAAGCUCAACCACCUCGCGGAGAUCAUCGCCAAAUUGGGCGCCGCGGCUGGUCUACUACUCUUCAUCGUCUUGUUCAUUCGCUUCCUCGCUCAACUCAAGGACUUCCCUGGUACGGCAAACGACAAGGGCCAGCGCUUCAUCUCAGUGCUCAUCUUGGCCGUCACGGUCGUCGUCGUUGCUAUCCCCGAGGGCCUCCCUCUCGCCGUCACUCUCGCUCUCGCCUUUGCCACCCGCCGCAUGGCCAAGCAGAACUUGCUCGUCCGCCUACUCGGCUCUUGCGAGACCAUGGGCGCCGCUACAGUCAUUUGCACGGACAAGACGGGCACACUCACUCAGAACCAGAUGAGCGUCGUGGCUGGCUCUGCUGGUAUCCACUGCAAGUUUGUGCGUCAGCUGGAGAACCACCAGGGGCGAGUCGCCAAGGAGGAGACGGAGGGCAACACCGACUGGGCCAUUGACCAAUCCAGCCUCGGCGACGUCGUUGCCGGUCCGCUGCGCGAACUCUUCAACGACAGUAUUGCCGUCAAUUCGACUGCCUUUGAGGAAGCUGCGGAAGAUGAGGAAGAGAAGAAGAAGCUUAGCGCCCUCUCCCCGAUGGCAAAGCUGAAGGCUCUGUUCUCGCCCAAGGCAAAGGCUGCAGCCAAGAAGGCAGGCGCGACCGGCGGCUUCGUCGGCUCCAAGACCGAGACUGCCCUGCUCUCACUUGCCAAGGAUCUGGGAUGGGAGGACUACCGUGUUCGCCGCAAGGCCAACGAGGUUGUCACGUCCUUCCCCUUCAGCUCGGAGCGCAAGGCUAUGGGUGUCGUAGUCAAGAAGACCGAUGGCUCGGGGUACCGAUUCUUCGUCAAGGGUGCCAGUGAAGUCAUUACAGCUCUCUGCUCCGAGGUUGUCGACAUGCCGCGUGAGGCGAGCAACGAGGUCAACACCGCACCCAUCACGGAGGACGACCGCGCCAACCUAACUCGCACCAUUGCAUUCUACGCCAACCAGACGCUCCGCACGCUCGGCCUCGCCUACCGUGACUUCCCCUCUUGGCCGCCCAAGGACGCCUCAUUUGUCAAGUCCGACGCCGGUGAGGACUCCAAUGAGGUGGACUACAAGUCCAUCGCCAAGGACAUGACCCUUCUCUCCGUUGUAGCCAUCGAGGACCCUCUUCGCGACGGUGUAGCUGACGCUGUGCAGGCGACGUACCGCGCUGGGCUGCGAGUCAUUAUGGUCACAGGCGACAACUCUCUGACGGCCCGCUCCAUCGCCGCCCAGUGCGGCAUCUACGAUCCGGCCCAGAACCCCGUCAUCAUGGAGGGCCCCGUCUUCCGUACGCUCAAUGAGAGCGACCUUCGCGAGGUCGUCCCCCGCUUGCGUGUGCUGGCUCGCUCUUCGCCGCAGGACAAGCAGAAGCUGGUCGAAGCCCUCAAGAGCAUGGGCGAGAUUGUGGCAGUCACCGGAGACGGCACCAACGAUGCUGCGGCGCUCAAGGCGGCCAAUGUGGGCUUCUCAAUGGGUGUUGCCGGAACUGAGGUAGCCAAAGAGGCCUCCGAUAUCAUUCUCUUGGACGAUCGCUUCUCCUCAAUCGUGACUGCCCUGCUCUGGGGACGAUGUGUCCGCAAUGCCGUACGCAAGUUCCUUCAGUUCCAGCUGGCAGUCAACGUCGGCGCGGUGAUCAUUACCUUUGUCACCUCAGUCGCAAGCGAGGACGAAUCUGGUGCUCUUACUGCAGUCCAGCUCCUCUGGCUCAACGUGCUUAUGGACUCCCUCGCCGCCCUGGCUCUUGCAACCGACCCGCCUUCGGACGAGCUCCUCAAGCAGAAGCCCGAACGCCCGAACACGAGCCUCAUCUCAAUCGACAUGUGGAAGAUGAUCCUCGGCCAGGCCACUUACCAGGUCGCCCUCGUCCUCGUCCUGUACUUUGCCGGAGCUCACAUCUUCGGCAUUGAGGCUGCUCCCGGAGACGAGGUCGGCAAAUUUGCCGCAGAGACGACCAUCAAGGCCCUCACGUUCAACACCUUCGUAUUCGCCACCCUCUUCAACCAGGUCAACGCCCGUCGCUUGGACCGCCGCUUCAAUAUCUUCCAAGACCUCUUCAAGAACCCGUGGUUCCUCGCCAUUCUCGCCUUCGAGGUUGGCGCACAGGUCCUCAUCAUGUUCGUCGGCGGCAAGGCCUUCAGCGUCGAGCGACUGGAGGGCAAGUACUGGGCUGUCGCCAUCGUCGCCGGUUUCAUCUCGUGGCCUUUGGGCGUCCUCAUCAAGCUCAUCCCCACCGAGCCGAUCGAGCGCUUUGCGAUCCGCUGGGGACUCAUCAGCGACCCACUUGCUCUGCCGUACGAUGCGCCCGAUGCCGAAGAGGCACACGAGAAGCUCAAGGGCCAGAAGUGGAGUGAGCCGGGCCUCAUGGAUCUCGCUGACGAGCUGGGCGGCUACUCUCGACGAGGCAAGAGGGCCACGCUGCUCAGCCACGGAUGGAGUGACGCCCUCGCUCUGCUUCGUCACCCUAGCGCUGCUCUCCCCCACAAGACGACGCUCGGUCAUGGCGAAGAGGGCCACGGCGCGCACUCGGUCCACCCAGCGAAGUUUGGUAUCCUCAUGCCGGGUAUCUCCAUCGCUGGACUGGCCGGAGCUUGGAGGCCGCAGAACCCGCCUGAGGCCACUCUGGCGGACCCGGCUGCUGGGGACCCGUCCCUGUCAUCGUGGCAGUUGAUGAGGCGAGGCACCAACUUGCGCGAUGAGGAGGGUGGAGCCACCGGGGCGGGUAAGGAGAAGGAGGCGGAGGCAGGCAAGGGGCAGGGUCUGCGGAACAAGUUCAAGGGGCUGAUGGGUGGGGCGUAG